AACAGAAUAGAAGCCACACACUCUGUUUCGAUCUCUCUCGGUAUCGCAGCGAGUUCGAAACAGAGUAGCGAAGAAUGGAGACGGCUCUGCUCCGGUUCUGCGUUAGUUUCUCCGGUAACCCCCACCACAAGAAAAUCGCCGCUGCUCAUCACAGAGCCAGUUGUGAGAUUCCGGGAGGAUCAUCCGAAGACGAGUGGUCUGCUAAGGUUUUGAGUAGAAGAUCGGUACUUGCGACGGUUUCUGGACUCUCAUUGGUCUCUUCGACGUCUUUAGCGUUUCCAGGGGAAGGAUUAGCUGUCGUGAAACAAGGUCUUCUCGCCGGGAGAGUUCCUGGUCUAUCCGAACCCGAUGACGAAGGUUGGAGAACAUACCGAAGACCAGACGAGAAGUCAGGAGGGCAUGGGGUUGGUUGGAGUCCUAUUAUCCCUUACGCCUUCUCUGUUCCUCAAGAUUGGAACGAGGUACCUGUGUCGAUAGCUGAUCUCGGUGGCACUGAGAUUGACUUGAGAUUCGCUAGUCCUAAAGAAGGCCGCUUGUCUGUAAUUGUCGCUCCCGUUCUUAGAUUUGCAGAUAACCUUGGGGACAACGUGAAGAUUGAAAACAUUGGAACACCAGCGAAGGUGAUCAACGCCUUUGGACCAGAGAUCGGAGAAAACGUUGAAGGGAAGGUGUUAAGUUCUAACGUAGCGGAACACGAGGGUAGGCUCUAUUACCAGUUCGAGCUAGAGCCACCUCAUGUACUCAUCACUGCGACAGCUGCUGGGAACCGCCUUUACUUGUUCAGUGUCACCGGAAACGGGCUUCAAUGGAAGAGAUACUACAAGGAUCUGAAGAAGAUAGCUACUUCUUUCCGCGUUGUUUAGAGACAUUUGCAAAAAGUUUUCUUUUUGAUUCAUGCAUGGGUUCUUCUACAAGUGAACUCAAAUAGUUUAUGGAUGACCCACCAGUCUCGUACGUCAUAUAUAUUUGUAUAAAGUUGAGAAUCCUGUAACUUUACAGUAAACCAAAUCCAAGCAGUACAUUAAGUCUGGCA